GAAAGUGAAGUUAGAGUAGAAUUUAGGAAAGGAUGCCACCUGGCGUUAAAGCGGUGCAGCUGCAGGCACGUUUGCCCGCAAAAUUAACCCCUUGUGUUUCAAGCAACUUCACGUUGUUUCAAUCGUGUUGUUUGUUAUGAUAUGUGAUUUAAUAAUGUAUUGUGAUUAGCUAAAGUGUUUGUAAGUGACGUAUGUGAAAAGUAUUUUCGGUUGCAUCUUUCAGAAGUAAAGAGAACAAUGUGAUUUGAAGGCACUUGCUCUCUGGGCUCUUUAACAGUGUUCAUUGUUGUGGACAAAAAUCAAUGAAAAAUAGGGGUUGGCACAAAUUAUUUUUUUAAAAUUAGGUCUUAAUGAGUUAAAACAUAUAGUAAUGUUAAAAUAAUAAAAAUAUACAUAUUUAUCGCUUUUAGGCAUAAUAUUUUUUAUUGGGUGUAUUUAAAGUUGUUUAUCGUUGUCAUGGCAACACACCACACGAGUCUAAAACGCGUCAGUUUGAACCGCGUCUCAUUGAGGUGAAGACGAUGUCGUGGACAGACUCGCAUGAUAAACAAAAUCAACUGUGGCCAGGGGAUCUGCCAAAUAUACACAUCCUCCAACAACCUUCAAGCACAAUCUUCCAGCAGUUACCAAACACAGUGACGUCACCUUUAUCGCCAGUGCGCGCAGGGCACAUUAGAGAGGAUCUGGUGGAAUUAAUGAUGAUCCAGAAUGCACAGAUGCAUCAGGUCAUUAUGAAUAAUAUGACAAUGUCUGUACUUAACGAGUUUGACUACACAAAUACACCAGAGCAUCAUACAAGGUUCGAUAUGAAUUUAGAGGAGGAGGCUGAUGUUUACCACCAUUAUUAUCCCUCUGUACCCGGCCUCUGUUACCCAGAUUGGGUGUCUCAGCCUCUGAUGCAGGCCUCACCCCCUCUUCAGCAAAUCAUCCAGAACCCAUCACAACACACAAAGCCUGUUUCCACAAAAUAUAUGGACAGUGUGAUGUUUAUUAGCAAAGCUGUACCACCGCCACCUCCACCCAGUGCUACACAGACUGUUGGUGCUGAUGUUCCACCUGCACCAGAGUUUUAUGCUGCAGAGAGAGGACAGAUGAACAGUGAAAGCUUAACCCAGAACAUCAAUGAUUAAUAACCACAUUGAACACAAAUAGAGUGAAGGUCGUAUUUUUGUAUGCAAAACCCAGAAGCAAGUUAGCAUUUUAGCACUUCUGGUUCCAUCAUCCCAUAGUCAACAGGUUUUUUGAAUAGGGUUUUGGUUAAAAUUUUUAAAUAAGAUCUUGGGUACUAUAAGCCCAAGAUAUGUUUGCACUUUAUUCUAUGACUAAAAACACAUUAGUAAUAAGCUUUGAGGUCUCUUUCAAAGGGUGGUUGCUAACAAGUUGCUAUAUGACUACAGACUUUGUGGACUUUAAACCUCAUCACGCAACACGGGCACAAUUCUCAACAAACAUUCGUCCUUGGAGUAUUUUCUUAUCAGGAGACAUGUUUUUAAAUGUGUUUUUACUAAAGUUUGAUGUUGACGAUGAUGUUGAGAGACAGUUGUAUUGUUCACUUAUAGCCUAAAGUUCAGGCAUUAAGGGCUCUAUCUUACACCCGGCGCAAUGCAGCGCAAUGCGCGACGCAAGUGUCUUUUGCUAGUUUCCACCCUGCGCAAUUAUCAUUUUCACGUUUAGCGCCACGUUGUUUAAAUAGCAAAUGCAUUUGCGCCCCCUUUUGCGCUCUGCUCUGAAAACAAGGUGUGUUCAGGCACAUUGUUGGCGUGUUGCAAUUUUGAGGCAACUAAAAUAGACUACGUCAUUGACCAACAAAAACCUGCUCUAAAGUCAAUGGCGCAAUAUGUUUUUUGUUAUUUAAAGAGCGCAUUAGUAAUAUGCGCCUAUAAACAGGACGACAACGCGGGUUUGCUUAACACAUACAUGAAUGCGCAGCAGCACAAAAACGCUUUUCAAUAUGAAAGAUUAAAGGAUUGAAAUGUAAAAGAUUAUUAUUGAGUCUCUUGGACAUAAAUGAUCUGUUUUUAAAUGUUUUUUUUUUAAUGCUACCUCACAGAUUUAUUGUAUAUGAUGACUUUGUACCUGUGGGUAUGGUGAGAUGAAAAACAUUUUUAAGUAAUGCUUUAUAAAAACAUGGCGCUGUCCGAGUGCUGAAACCGUUUAUAAAUUCUUUAUCUCCAGUUUCUUAUAAAUAAAGUAUUUUUGGAGUACAAACCUUUUCUUAAAUUAUUGAUGAUAUUGGAUAGCCUUACAUUUAAAGCAAUUAAAAGCCUGUUUUUUUACUUCCAUGACUAAAAGAAAACGGGUUUUAAAGGUUUUAAUAAAAAAAUAACAAUUUCAAUACAAGUGAAAAACAACACAAUUAUUUAACAUUAGUCUUAAACUGGGGAUCUUCUUCCUCUGCUUAGUUUUUCAGUUUACAAAGUCUGUCAUCUAAAUAGGGAUUAGACUCUCAUUGGUUUAUUGCACGUUACGCCCAAAAUACUUCCAUUAGUCAUUAAAAAAAGGACCAAGCCUUUUCGACCAUGCGUUCGCCGCACAAACCAUUUUCCCAUCGUUAAAUUGGCAAAAGUGGAUUCGGACACGCCCAUUUAGACGUUGCGCUGUGCGCUUUAGACAAUGCGCUUAUGGUGCGUUUACACCAACCGCGGUAGAGGCGUGAAGCGCGAGUGAUUUCAAUGUUAAGUCAAUGUGCAGACGCGUUGACGCGCGUCAGGAGGUCCCGCGGCGCGGAAGAGGCGUUCGGCGCGGAGCGGAAGACGCGUUUCGCCUCAGUCGCGCGUGAAGCUCGCGCAAAAGGCGCGAAUUGAGCGUUGUGCGCGGUACGCGCGAAUGGUGCUUUUGUGCAUUUUGUGGUUCACGCGAAUUUGCGGCUGACGCCCGAGUUGAAAAAUUUGAACUUUGGCGGAAUUUCGCGCCGCGUUAACCAAUCAGGAGCCUGCCUGCUGCUGUGGUGGCAGCCCCGCCCGGAGUCACUCACUCAAGCAGUCACUCGGAGCUAUAUGACACAAGUUGUUAUUUCUAUAGAGGAGACAGGAAUCAAAAGGACCUCGCUUGGAAGAGUGUCAGUAAGGACUUUGGGCAACCUGGCAAGUUGUAAUACACACUUCACUUUUGAGUCACGUGACGUUUAUCAACCCGCGCCGUUUAUUUUCCCCCUAUAGUAAGGUUACCCAAUACAAACUGGUAACUUUCUUGAUAAAUGCACAAGUAACAUCAGUCAUCUUGCAAACAGACACUCGCACAGCAGUUGCCCCUCCCACAAGAAGCGGAUUUUGCUUCAGGCGCACGUCAAAUGCUUGCUUUUCCGCGCGUCUACUCCGCUCUACACGCGCGAAUGCAUUCAAAGUGUUCAAGCGGCAAACUAGGCGCGGUAGACGCGAUUUUGACGCCCAAAACGCGUUUGGUGUAAACCCUGCAUUAGAUCGUUAAAAUAGGGCCCUUAGACUUCAAAAUUAAUCUGUGACGAUAAUCUUGUUGGACAAAAUGUGUAUCAUAAACUUUUGUUAAAUGCAGAGCUUAUUUUUUGUGAUAAUCCAAAAGUCUAUUGGAAAAAUCAACACGGGUUUGCCUACAAAAAUACGUCAUUCCAUAAAAUCCAAAUGUUUAUAUGUGUAAGUGUGCUAUUUUUUAUAGUUUUACAGUACAAAAGCAGUUACAUUUUGUAAUUUUAUUUCACUUAAAAUAUUGGUACUAAAAAUGUACAGUUUUAUUUGUUAACAUUUGUUAAUGUAUAAGCUAACAUGAAGUUAACAAUACUACUAUUGUUGAUUCAAGUUAAUUUUA